UGUUCGAUGUAUCUAUCUGCUCCUCCCCUCAACCUCCGUUUACUUAUAGUUGGCCCCUUUUCUUUUAACGGCGGUUAAAUGUAUCUUUCUCUAAGGACUUUCUCCGCCGCCGCCCCUAGCUUCAUCCAACGCCAUUACAACUCUGGGUUUUCUUACAGAUUCAUCCAUGGCGGACCAAAUGCAGACUUUUUCUUUCUCAACCAGACACCAAGACCACGAGAAAAACGACGACGUCGAGGAGGGCAAGUGUGUUUGCCUCGUGGUAGCUCUCUUCCCUUGUUUAAUUUGCUUCAUCCUUCUCCUUAUCAUAGUCUCCAUCGUUUUAGUCUUCAAAUUCCAUUUCCUUUGCCACACUCCUCUUCAUUCCGUCAUUUACAAGCACCGUUGCUGGCUCUAGAUUUGAAUCUGAGAGGUUUCUCUAGUGUCACCGGCGGUGAUAGAGAUUCCGAUACCGACACCGGAUCCGGUAGCACCGAAUCUAGGUCGGACCCAAAGGAAGUUGAGAGAGUAUGCAAGGUGAUCGACGAAUUGUUUAGCUUAGACCGAAACAUGGAAGCUGUUUUGGAUGAAUGUAGGAUUAAUCUUACUCAUGAUUUAGUCAUUGAUGUACUCAACCGGUUUCGGCACGCUAGAAAACCGGCGUUUCGGUUUUUCUGUUGGGCCGGACAAAAACCGGGGUUUAAUCAUGAUUCCAGGACUUAUAAUAAGAUGAUGAAUGUUUUAGCUAAGAAUAGACAGUUUAUAACCAUGUCGAGAUUGAUUGAAGAGAUGGGUGCUAAUGGGGUUUUAACAUUGGAUACUUUUAUUAUUGCCAUUAAAGCUUUUGCUGCCGCCAAGGAGCGGCGGAAGGCAGUCAUGGUCUUCGAUUUGAUGAAGAAGUACAAGUAUAAAGUGGAUGUUGAUACUGUUAAUUGCUUGCUUGAUAGUCUUGGGAGGGUUAUGCUUGCGAGAGAAGCGCAAAUGCUUUUCGAGAAGUUGAGAGAUCGGUUUAUGCCCAAUUUGAAUUCAUAUACGAUAUUGCUAAACGGUUGGUGCAAGGUGAGGAAUUUGAUGGAAGCAGGGAAGGUAUGGAAUGAGAUGAUCGAUAAGGGUUUCGAGCCGGAUGUUGUUGCUCAUAAUGUUAUGAUCCAUGGGUUGUUGAGGAGUAGGAAGACGUCGGAUGCAGCGAAGUUGUUUGAGGCCAUGAAAAGUAAAGGGCCUUUGCCUAAUGUUCGUAGCUAUACUAUUAUGAUCCGGGAGUUUUGCAAGCAAGGAAAGAUGAAUUUCGCAAUUCUGUAUUUCGAGGAAAUGCGUGAUUCCGGAUGUUUGCCCGAUGCAGCCAUUUACACAUGUUUGAUCACCGGUUUCGGAAAUCAGAGAAAUAUGGACGUGGUUUUUAGAUUGUUGAAAGAGAUGCAAGAAAUAGGUUGUCCACCUGAUAGUCAAACCUACAAUGCCCUGAUUAAAUUAUUAACGACUCAACGAAAGCCGGACGAUGCAAUGAGGGUAUACAAGAAAAUGAUUCAAACCGGAAUCCAACCAACAAUUCACACUUUCAACAUGAUGAUGAAAUCGUUCUUCCAGUCCAGGGACUAUGACACAAGCCGUGCAAUUUGGGACGAGAUGCGCGAAAAGGGGUUUUGCCCUGACGAUGUUUCUUACACCAUUUUCAUCGGAGGAGUAAUCCGUUUAGGUCGAUCAGGAGACGCAUGUAGACUGUUAGAAGAAAUGUUUGAGAAAGGAAUGAAACCUCCUCAACUUGAUUACAACAAGUUUGCAGCCGAUUUUUCUAGAGCCGGCAAAUCAGACAUACUCGAGGAACUGGCUCGAAAGAUGAAGUCCUCCGGUAAUGUCCAAGCCUCGGAUAUAUUCACAAGAUGGGCCGAGAUGAUGAAGAAAAGGAUUAAGAGAAAGGGUCCUUUCAAAACCGAUGGAAGGUGCAUCUAACAAGAUUCACUCCUUCGACUAAACGACAUUUCUCUAAUAGUAUCCAAAAUGGGCUUCCACGACCUCACCCUGUACGACCUUCGAACCCCACCAUGUACCGUCGUCUCCCUUCUCCUCGUCCGGCCGUUCAUGGUCAUCGUCGUCCUCGACAAA